AUGGCAGCGGCAACCAACUUAGCAGCCUCCAAUGUUGCGGUGGCCCGCCCGGUGACUUUCGUUACCGGCAACGCCAAGAAGCUGGAGGAAGUGCGCGCCAUUCUCGGCCACUCGAUUCCAUUUCAGUCCCUCAAGCUCGACCUUCCGGAGCUGCAAGGCGAGCCCGAAGAUAUCUCCAAGGAGAAAGCUCGUUUGGCUGCCAUCGAGGUGAAAGGACCCGUGUUGGUGGAGGACACUUGUCUUUGCUUCAGUGCUCUCAAAGGUCUCCCUGGUACAAGCUCGAUUCCUUCGCAUUUUCGAUCAUUCAUAGUGAAUUGUGAUGGUUUGUUUGGUUAUUUGAUUGGCCGUAUACCGUUCUUGCAGGGCCGUACAUGUAAGUCUGCGUCUUACCCGAUUUUCAAGUGGUUUCUGCAGAAGAUCGGUCAUGAAGGUCUGAAUAACCUGUUGAUGGCGUAUGAGGAUAAGUCGGCAUACGCUUUAUGUGCAUUCUCUUUUGCUCUCGGACCAGAUGUGGAACCUGUAACAUUUGUUGGGAAAACCCCGGGAAAGAUUGUUCCUGCAAAGGGACCAAACGAUUUUGGAUGGGAUCCAAUAUUCCAACCUGAUGGCUUUGAGCAAACAUAUGCAGAGAUGGAUAAGGAAGAGAAGAAUAAGAUAUCUCACCGCUACAGAGCUCUUGCGAUGGUGCAAGACCACUUUGCUGAAGCUGGCUAUGUUUUUGAGACCGAUGCCUCAACAAAGAGAAAGAGGGAGGGGGAGGAUGGCGCGAAGAAUGGAAAUGAGAAUGGAGCGAACUGA